UAUUGAUCUGGUGGCCAGGUAGGACCAGCCCAGUGGAAGUGUUGGUGGGGCUGGGGCAGUACUGGUGUUGCUUUGCUGCAGUCAGCCACAAGAACCCUUCAAGAUGUUCUGCUCCUUGUUCGAUAACUUUAUCUAGUGGGUCGUGGUGACUUGAGACAAGAGGAAGCUACUGAGACCAGGAAUCUUCCUUUUGUCACCAAGAAGAACUGCAGAAUAUAACAGGAGGAGGAAAAGAUGAAGAAGGAGAUGGAGAGAAGAAGGAACUGACUGAGGACGGACAGGACCCAGAGGUGGCCGAGGCCCUGAGGCAACAGGAGGAGGCCAGGAAGGAGAAACAUCGUAAGAUGGAGGAGGAGCGGGAGAAGGUCAGGUCAACAAUCAGGGACAAGUAUGGACUGAAGAAGAAGGAAAAAGAACAACCUCAGGAGGAUCAACAACAGGAGGUGGAUGAAGAUGGGGUCCGUAGUUUAACGAGGGAGAAGAAACCUCCCCCUGGGAUCGGAGAAGAGGAGGAGGAGGAGGAAGGGCCUCUGGAUGAACUGUGGAAAAUGUUCUCCGAGAAGUUUCCAAGCAUAGCAGAGAAGUUUAGUAAUAAAUAGUGGAAAGGUUGGAGAAAAAUGGUCCACACAUCCAUGUAUGUGUGUCAUUGUCUUUCAAGAUGGUUCUUUGGAUCUUUUGUUUGGGUUCCUUGACAUGGGCAGUCGCUGCUUAUCUUGAGGGGGAGGAGGAGUCAUCAUCCAUGAUCGUAAUGAAAAACAAGAAACCCUUGAUAACAUGAUCAUGACAACGGUUGGAUCAACAUACCCAAUGAGUGGUGAACAAAAGUUCCAUGGAUACAUUUUAUGAGCUGCUGAAAUGCUUGGAGACUCUGGAGUGAAUAUUAUUAAAGAUUCUUCACCAUGCAUGGAAACUGAAGCAAACCAAAUGUACAGGGGGCUUGAGAGAAAUGGGGGCCUGGUCUGCUAGCAUGGUACUCUAACAUGGUCUAUAUCUAGCAGUCCUAUCUUAGAUAUUGAUCACAUAAUUACUCUCUAGUAAAUUCUGGAAUCUGGAAGUACAUUUCAUCAACUUCUUCAAGAUGAAAGUAACCAAAAUACAUUGAUGUGAUUUGAGGUUAGAAAAAACAGACAUUUAUCUCAUGACCAGAAAAAGAUGCAGUAUCUGUCCGUGGUGCUGAAUCAUUAGUGCCCACUUAUGUUGGACUGCAAACUCUCUUGGCUCAGAAAACCCAUUAAUUCGUAUAAUUUGCACCACUAAACAGGAGAAAAAUUUCUCCAAAUUUGGAAAUCAUGUGAUCUUCAAAUGAAGAUGGAUGUGGCAUGAUGAAGCAUUUCCAUAUCAUUGGUUCUUCAAGUGACGAUCACAGUGUUUGGUCAUCAGGACGGUCACAAACAAUCUAGGGUGUAAUUGAGUGAUCAAAAACACAGAGCUGGUGGACCAGGUCUGCCUAUUUGGCUUCAUUUUCUCCAACCCAACUUUAGCUAUGGGUGUCCAGUAGAUGUAGUCAACAUCUUAGUUUCCAUGAAUGUGACUAAGGAUCCUAUGUGUAUAGAGAGUGUACCAUUUCACCAGCCCACAAAUUGAUGUGUUGGAAAUACCUGUAAGUUCGUCCAUGUGCAGUGGGGAGGGGGGUCUCUACUGACACACCACAAACAAGAUGGCGUCACCAGCUGCUGGAUUCAUGUCCUGCCUCCUGUCAUAUUCUGCAGAAACAAGGAAAGAAAAAGAAAACUUUAAGUAACACAUAAAGAGGAUGAAGAGGAUGAAGAAGCGGCUGGGGCCCAUGUACGUGUGUCACUUUUGACCCCUGCAUCCUGGUAACAAUUGUGUGGUCCUCGACAGUCAGGUCUGAAAAUACUUGUAUUUAGGAUGUAGAACAUUAGCAACAAGUCAUAGUCACAACAAAACAUUGAUGUUAUAUUGUCUCUCAUAGUCCAAGCAUUGGAACAGUAAGUGUCAGGUGAUGUCAAUUAUACUAUUUAGUGAUGCUCAAUGUGUAGAAAUCAUCACAGUUCUGUAUUCAUGGUGUUCUGCAUACUUGUAUGUGGUUGUGCUCUUGUACAUAACAUUUCCUAGCAUGUUAUGUUGUCUACUGUGUGAUCAUGCAUGUGCAAGUCUAACUCCAUGGUGGAGUACCCUAAAAUCUAAACAAAAACAUUGUUGGGAUGACCCAGAUUUUUAGAUCGAUCAAAAUCUUUGCAAACCUAAUGCAAGCCACAUGCAGCUCUCACACAAAGCAACAUAUCUUGGCGACAAUGAUGUUUGACAGUCUAUGGCAACCACCCAGUUUAUACCAAGAAAGAGAUCAUACAAAUAUCCCAAUUCCUACCCCCCACCAACAACCAUGAAUUGGUCUGUUUGUCAUGAGGUGUGGCACAAUUUCAGCUUAAGAUCCAAUUGUUCCGAUGCUGCUAGUAACAAAAAUUUGUUUUAGUACCCUAACACUGUAUUAAGGAUUGUGUGUCUUAAGUGCAUAUCUUUAUUCAUUGUCCCCUGCUGCCAUACUCCACACUCUUUUGGCAUUCUCCUAAUGCUGAUUCCAGUUGAAUAUUACUUCCUUCAAAGACAAAACUCCCAAGGUACUUUGUACAUGUCAGAGUUAAUGCAAGUCUAAUGCUAUCCUGUAGACGGGCACAAUCCUAUGCUAUUGCAAUAAAAAUGGCUGACUGAGGGCAAAAUCCUCAUUAUCGCCAAACCCACUUUGAGAACAGUUUAACUAUACUAGACUGGAGCUUUAUUAGUGCUUCAUUGCCUGUGGAGAAGUCCCAAGUUACGUGGGCUGCAUAUGUCUUGUGCUAAGUUAAGUGUGCUGUUAACGGUGAGCCAAACCUUACCAUGAUUCACACCCAUUUAACAACUACUAAAAGACUUCGAGGCAGAGUCCCCAUGGAAUGGCUAAUUUCAACACAGCACAUCAGUUGGCUCGUUAUCGCCCGUUGGAAAUUCCUCAUAAUGUUACACAUAAAACAGAAACUAAUGUGCAGCCUGAUGCAUUCAGUACUCAAAGGCAGUUAAGAAAGUAACAGAUUGGUGUGUUACAAAAAGUGCUUUCUUAUUGCUGAUGAAAGUUACUUCCCCACCCACGUCUCCUUUACUGUCAUUUGAUGAUGGACAGUAAGAUUAGGGCAGUAGUCAGUAAACUGUUGCCACCCACACCCUUACUCUUCUCAGAACAUCAGUAUUGCUUUGCACUUCUCAUGUUUAGAGUCACACAAUGCAUGCCCCUGCUCUGUUUCAAAAAGGUGACAUUUGACCUGGCUAUCCAGCCUGGGCUGUCAUGUACAGGAGGUCAUGUUCUCUGCUGACCCAGGGUCCAUCCUGCAUCCAUCAUUCAUAGUCAGCCUUGUUAAGUUGACUGUGAAUCAAUAAUGGAGACCAGUCUGCAUCCCAAUGACUUCGUAACAAUAGCCUCUCACCAAAAAUUGUGUAUCAACUGGAAUCAGUACAUCAAUUAACUCUCUGUUACUUUCAUUCCACUACAUCUCUAGUCAGCAUUUACAAUUUCAGUGAAGAAAUCCUCAGAGUCAUCGUAAGACUCAGAUGUUCAUCUUAAGUCUCACCUAUUUUUACCUGUCAGUGAAAAUUGGUGAAGUUCUAUGUUGAAUGAGUAUCAAAUUGAACAGGCUGCAUUGUGAUAAUUACGUUGUGUGUGCAAAUGUGAUUUUAGCAUCUAUGGCUCGUAACAAUGCACCCAGUGACCGAAUGGUGAAAUAGGCAACUGCAGCAUGUUUAUCCAUAGUGAGGCCAUGCAGAAUACAUUCCUUGGUUCUUGUCUCUACCAAUUGUGUACAUCACCGCCGAGCAACCAACUUAACUGCUAGCACUGUACUGUCUUCAACUGACACCUGUAAUGUUGACUGUGGGUUGUGAUAUUUUCCACAUUCCAUGUUUCAGCCAAGAUGUUGAGCUAGGCUUUACAAUGCUAGUUGUGGGACUGGAAGGUUUUGUACUUACUGAGAGUGUGCUUGUGUGCUUCAUGAUGUUUUUAGCAUCGUCCUAAGAAGUGAGUAGUGCGUGUUAUAGGUACAUGUAUGUGUGAAAGAAUAUAUGGUCACCUGUAACACAGGGUAUGGACAUAUAUAUGUGUGAGUAUAUGUAUGUUUUCGUGUGUGUGUGUGUGUGUGUGUGUGUGUGUGUACAAAUGUACAUGUAACACCACUAACCCACCGCCCUCCAUCGUAUGGUAGAGCUGUUUCCAUGGAGACUGUCAAAUUCAACAGCCCUCGUGAACUCGGGGUAUUCCAAUCAGAAUAUGCAAGACAACUGGAGAAACAAGAAAUUGAUUUAGUGUGGCCUAAACUAUGUACAUAGGCUAGACUGAUAAUCACCUGACUAUCUAACCUGGAAGAACUUUUCAGCUUUGCAGUAGGAAUUAAGAGAGACUUAACGGUACCUGUAAUUACUACACUGCAAGAUCCCUAUUUUUAAGGGCUUCUUUGUAGAUUUGUUCACUUCAUGUUGAUGUCCUAGCUAGGUCCAGCGCCCAAGGAAUCUGUGAUGUCAGUUGUGAUGUGAAUGUUGUCGUUAUGUAGUCAGUGUAACGUUAAGCUGGUGGUUCCUGUAGUGCUUAGGGUAACAUUCCUGUAACACUUUGAGCUCAUGUAAAAAUCUAGGUGAAUCUCCCUUAUGGGGAGGGUGUGGAAAAAAAAGAGAGCUAUAGAAAUAGGAAUCUUCUCUCAGGAGAUAUGCUGCACUCAAAAUAUCUGAUGCAAAAAGUACACAACAAAACCUUUAAAACUUCACUCAUUUGGAGGCCGUUGGUAUAAGAAAUACAGGUAGAGUCCACAAGGAAUUCUGGUGUUCCCAAUGUAUUGAGAACUAAUUUUCUGACUCAAAUGUUAUCUAUUUAAGUGUUGCAACUUUUUACUGUCUUUGGAAUCAUUUUUGUAAAAUUGAUUAUCGUCGACCAUUGUUACUCAUAUCAGUUUGAUCUUAACAUUUUUGUCCUUGGUGGCAUUCUGAGGAUGGUUUAUAGUGCUCUGUGUGGGUAGUUGUCCAACCUGGAUGGCAGAUUCUCAACAGAGUUUACUAAGAAAGAACAUGCCAUUUAGGCCAGCCAGUAUUUUUUUACAUCAACUAAAGAGCGUUACUUGUUUGUGAAUCAUUAUGACUUUGCUUGUAUCAAAGAUACUGGCUAUUUUAGUUUAAUUCAAUGUUAUAUUUUUUUGUACAAAAUGCUAUAGCAGAGGGCAUAACCCGAUGUGAUGCAGCUUCUUUUAUGUUGUACAAAACAGAUUGGGGUGCUGUUGUUAUUAUUAUGAUAUGUGACAGUUUAAGUCUUUGGUGGACAGGGAUCAGGAUUUGAAUGGUCUAGCAUAUGGUGUACAUAGUGUACUAGCAACAUAGCACCCAAUGAACAGAAAUCACUGGCAGUGCAAGGGAAUUGUAUACAGCAAGCAUAGAAAAAGACAAAAGCUACUAACACAUAA